AUGGCGCGCAAUUCAGAAAAAGCCCAGUCUAUGCUCUUCCGCUUCCGCGAAGCGCAAGCAGCAGACCUAGGUAUUAUCGAUGCCGGACGAACGCGCCGGCCGAAGAUGAUCACGGAAGUGACAUCGAUACCAACGUGCGAAAAAUGGCGUGGCCAAGUGCUCAAGGAGAUCUCGCGAAAAGUCAGCAAGAUCCAGGACCCGAGUCUGAGCGAUUUCAUGAUCAGAGAUCUGAACGAUGAGAUCAAUAAGGCGAUGCGCGAGAAACACAUGUGGGAAGUGCAAAUACGAAAUUUAGGAGGCCCAAAUUAUAUGCGUGGGGGUGGGAAGGUUUAUGAUGAGGAGGGGAGGGAGAUACCUGGCGGGGGGAAGGGUUAUAGGUAUUUUGGACGUGCGAGGGAACUACCUGGGGUUAAAGAGCUCUUCGAGGCAGCUGCACAGAAACCUCGUGAAGAUAAGCCCCUGGACUCGAGAGCCGAUCUGCGAAAACAGGUCGAUGCAUCAUAUUACGGCUACAACCUUGACGAAGAGGAUGGCACACUGUUGGAAUACGAGGCACAGAAGGAGAAGGAAGCUUUUGAGAAUUUGCUUGCUAGCAGCGAGGGUAGACCGCCAAAAGCAUGGGAGCCUUUGCCCGGGGAUGCAGGAGAUGGCGAGCCAUGGAACGUACCAACAAGCGAAGAAGUCCAAGAAGAAUUAGUAGAGAGGAGACGGAGGAGGUUGCUGGACAAGCUUGGGUGA